UUCACUUCCGGCGGCCGCAGGGCCCCGCACUCGGGGCAGGGCUGCGGGCUCGCGUGUCCGUCUGCUGCCCACCGGCCCCGGUCGCCCGAGCCGCGGGGCCCGCUCCGGCCCGGCCAUGAGCGCGGCCGCAUGAUGCGUCCCUGCCUCGGCUGCUGCAGUCGCCGCCGCCGGCCGGGAGGAGCCGCAGCGCCGGGCGACCCCGCCCGGGCCUCGGAGGCAGAGCUGCAGAGAGAGGGACAGACAGACCAUCCAUCCACAGAUUCACGCCCCAAGUGGCCAGUCGGAAGUCUGGAGCCGGGAGCUUCUUCUGGGUUUCCCUCAUCCUGUCACCCAGAAGGCAUGUACCCCAGGGUCCUGCGGAAGAGGCGCAGAGGGUCCCAGUGAUGCUCCCGAGCCGGCUGUGAGGGCUCACUGGGAACCAUGCAGCCAGCAGGACACAGGCUGCGGGAUGUGGAACAUCACCCUCUCCUGGCUGACAGCGACAACUAUGACUCCUCGUCCUCCUCUUCCUCCGAGGCCGAGCUGGCUGACAGGGUCUGGUUCAUCCGCGAUGGCUGUGGCAUGGUCUGUGCCGUCAUGACAUGGCUCCUGGUCGUCUACGCGGACUUCGUGGUGACGUUUGUCAUGCUGCUGCCCUCCAAGGACUUCUGGUACUCUGUGGUCAAUGGCGUCGUCUUCAACUGCCUGGCGGUGCUCGCCCUGUCCUCGCACCUGCGGACCAUGCUCACUGACCCCGGGGCGGUGCCCAAGGGCAACGCCACGAAAGAGUACAUGGAGAGCUUGCAGCUGAAGCCGGGCGAGGUGGUCUACAAGUGCCCCAAGUGCUGCUGCAUCAGGCCGGAGCGCGCCCACCACUGCAGUAUCUGCAAGCGGUGCAUCCGGAAGAUGGACCACCACUGCCCGUGGGUGAACAACUGCGUGGGGGAGGCGAACCAGCGGUUCUUCGUGCUGUUCACGAUGUACACAGCGCUGUCCUCGGUCCACGCGCUGAUCCUUUGCGGGCUGCAGUUCAUCUCCUGUGUCCGAGGGCAGUGGACUGAGUGCAGCGACUUCUCUCCUCCCGUCACUGUAAUCCUGUUGAUCUUCCUGUGUCUCGAGGGGCUUCUGUUCUUCACCUUCACGGCCGUCAUGUUUGGCACCCAGAUCCACUCCAUAUGCAACGACGAGACGGAGAUCGAGAGGCUGAGGAGCGAGAAGCCCACGUGGGAGCGGCGGCUGCGGUGGGAAGGGAUGGAGUCUGUCUUCGGGGGUCCCCCCUCACUCCUCUGGAUGAACCCCUUUGUCGGCUUCCGACUGAGGCGGCUGCAACCGAGACCUAGGAAAGGCGGCCCAGAGUUCUCUGUGUGAGGCCACCUGCUGGCCUGGGGUUCGGCAACAUUCCGUUACUCACUUGGGGUCUGCAGGGGGCAAGUGAGUGCCAGCAGCCGCCUGGCAGUGUGGACUGGCCCGAGCCUCUGUGCCACCAGCCACGCG